UUCUGUCCAAAUUAAAUUUACUACUUCAUUUUUUUUAUAUAAUUUUUUUUAAUUCUUAAACCUCUCUUCUAAUCUUCAAUUAGUCUCUCUAAUCUCUUUGCAGUGCCAGAAAUCUUCAAACAACAGUCAACUCUCAUCAAAACCCUGCUUCAACCCACACAGAUGGAAAUGAAUCCUACUCACAACGGUGGUUUCAGCGAAGGAGAAAACGGCACAAACAGUGCCGAUAUAUCUCCCUCGGAGACGACGGUGGCAAUGGUGGAACCGCCGGAACAGCCGCCAGAAAUGAAAGAAGAGCUCACGGAGACAGAGCAUAGGCUGGUUGAGUCCUUUCCAACGGGUGUUAUCACGGUGGCAGCCCCGGCGGCGAAGAAACCGUCGAAGGACCGUCACACGAAGGUGGAGGGACGUGGCCGGAGAAUCCGAAUGCCGGCGACGUGCGCCGCCAGAAUCUUCCAGCUGACCCGGGAGCUAGGCCACAAGUCCGACGGUGAAACAAUCCGGUGGCUGCUGGAGCAGGCGGAACCGUCGAUCAUAGAAGCCACCGGCACCGGGACAGUCCCGGCCAUCGCUGUAUCAGUCGGUGGAACACUGAAGAUUCCAACAUCUUCUCCGGCGAGGCCGGAGGGAGAAGACGACAACCCCAGGAAGCGAAGGAGGAGACCCUCCAACAGCGAGUUCAUUGACAUUAAGGAUCAAGCUUCAGUCUGCUCAGGGCUCGCACCGAUUGCACAGACCGCUUACGGUGGCGCUGGCGGUGGAUUAGUCCCUAUGUGGCCGGUGGCUAACGGUGGCGGCGGCGGCGGGGGUAAUCCAACAGGGCCUUACUUCAUGUUCCCAAACACUGCAAACCAACCUCAGUAUUGGGCCAUACCCGCUAAUACAGUGGGCCCGUUUUUCAAUGUUGAAGGCAGACCCAUUUCUGGUUUUGUUUCUGCUAUGCAAAUUGCUGAGGCUGCUUCUGCUAACUCCUCUUCUUCUACUUUUGCUCCUGCUUUGAGCUCACCUACUACUGCUACUACUAGCUCUGCUGUUACUACCUCUUCUUCAUCCACUCAGAUGCUCAGGGAUUUCUCUUUGGAGAUUUAUGACAAGAGAGAGUUGCAGUUUUUGGGUGGCUCUUCUGCUCAUUCUGAAUCACCUUCAACUUCCAACCCUUGAAAUUUAAUAUCAUAUCAGAAAAUGGCUUAGACUUUGACAAAUUUUUUUGCUUCAAUUUGGGAACAAAAGUAUAUAGGUAGUUUUUUGCUAUCUUGGUAUUUGUCUCUUUUUGGCUAAUAUAAGGAACACUUUUUGAAGCUUUUUAA